CACAAAACGCAAUUUAUCCAUCUUUAAUUUUGAUUUUGAAAUUCUAUUAGAGAGGGGGGGUCUAGGUAGAACUAAAAAGAUUAGGGAGCAAUACCAAGAGAAUUCAUAUAUACAGGGGGGUUUAUAAUGAGCUUAGAAGUUUGGGUGGGAAUAGAUAGGGUUUAGUGGUCUGCAGAGGGGAAUAGGCAGUCAUCCCUAAAUAAUAAGAUGAUGUCGGGGUAAAAAUGAAUGGAACUCCACUAUAGGUUAUACUUAUAUUAAUGGAAAGCAACUACAAAUCAUUAACAAAAGUAUUACCAAUAAACAAAGCAUCAUAAUAAUGCAGGGGACUGGGAUCCGAUUAAUUCAGGCUCGUGCGUCAAAUCUGUAUAGACUAAAUAUUUGUUGCUUAAAAAAAUAAGAAGAAAUGGUCUCUUGACCCUUUCCUGAUUGUCGUAUUCUCCAUUUUUUUCCCUAAAAAAAGAAGUUUUGAAGCUGAUCAUCAUCAACAAUGGAAGCUUCAACUCUUGUUCUUCUUCCUUUUCUCUUCCUCGUGGUUUUGAUGCUCAAUACUGGAAGAUCUGUUUGCCUACGUAACUCUAUACCAGCGCCGAAAACAUACCCGGUUAUCGGAUGCUUAAUUUCCUUCUAUACAAACCGGAACCGGUUGCUGGAUUGGUAUACCGAGCUCUUAACCGAAUCCGCAAGUGGGACAGUGAUAAUAAACCGGUUGGCUGCGAGGAGAACGGUGGUGACAGCCAACCCAUCGAACGUCGAGUAUAUCCUCAAGACAAACUUUGAUAACUACCCGAAAGGCAAACCCUUCACGGAGAUUCUCGGAGACUUUCUGGGCGACGGUAUAUUUAACGUUGACGGAAAGCUGUGGUUAAAGCAGCGGAGACUCGCUACUCAUGAUUUCACGCCAAAGUCGCUGAGAUCAGAGUACGUUGACGUUUUGAGGAAGGAGGUAGAGGAGGAGCUUCUGUCCUUCUUGGACGCUGCUGCCCAAGAUUUUCAACCCUUGGAUCUCCAAGAGCUUCUCCGGAGAUUCUCUUUCAAUAUUGUCUGCAUUGUUUUCCUCGGGAUCCAUCGUUCCAGUUUAAACCCGUCCUCACCCGUUUCUGAGUUCGAUCGAGCGUUUCAGACUGCGGCUGCGGUUAGCGCUGGACGUGGUUCUGCACCGCUGUCUUUCGUGUGGAAGCUUAAGAGACUGGUCGGGUUUGGAUCUGAGAAAGACCUCAGAAACGCUGUCCAAAAAGUUCAUAGCUGCGUCAAUGAGAUCAUUCGAGAAAAGAAGAUGAUGAUCACUACCACUACCAAGAGCGAUGAUUUUCUGUCGCGAUUGAUCGUCGCUGGAGAAAGUGACGAGGCUGUGAGAGAUAUGGUAAUUAGUCUUGUAAUGGCUGGGAGGGACACGACCUCCGCGGUUACCACACGCUUGUUUUCGUUAAUCUCCUGUCACAAGACAACCGAGUGUGAGCUAGUUAAUGAAAUCAGAUCGGUUAUGGAUAUAACCGGUGGGGGCUUCGAUUACCAAUCACUCAAGAAACUGAGUCUCUUGAAAGCUUGCUUGUGUGAAGUGAUGCGAUUGUAUCCUCCGGUGCCUUGGGAUUCCAAACACGCCUUAACCGAUGACCGUUUACCAGACGGUACGGCUGUGCGUGCCGGAGACCGGGUUACGUAUUUUCCAUAUGGGAUGGGGAGAAUGGAGGAGCUUUGGGGGAAAGAUUGGGAUGAGUUUAAACCAAACCGAUGGUUUGAGUCUUAUGAUCAUAAUACCAGAGUUUUGAAGAAAGUCAACCCUUUCAAGUUUCCGGUUUUUCAAGCCGGUCCGAGGGUUUGUCUCGGGGAAGAGAUGGCCUACAUGCAGAUGAAGUACGUUGUGUCUUCCAUGCUUAACCGUUUUCAGAUUGUACCAAUCGGUAUGGACAAACCGGUUUUUGUGCCAAUGCUCACGGCUCACAUGGCUGGUGGGAUGCAAGUCCGCGUUCACCGGAGAGAUGGAUCUCAAUGAAGAGAACCAGAUUUGCAUUUUCGGUCAUCCGAAUAAAGUCAAUAAUCACUAUGGUUUUAUUGAAUGUAAGUAAAACGUUUCCAUGAUCGUAUUUUCUCCUUUCUUCUUUUGGGUGAACCAGCCCACAUUUUAGUUUUCCAUAUUUUCAAUAAACAUCAGUAAAAACUAUUAUAAUAUUAUUGUCUGAAAACUAAAUUUAUGUUGAGAAGCAGUUAAGCACUUAUUUACAUCUUUA